AUGACACUUAAUAUCACAUCUAUGUUCAAUAACAAAACAACAAAUAUUUUAAUCAUACUAAGUAUGAUUCAUUCAACUCAAUUAAUUCAAAUUCAAUUCGAUUCAAAUAGACUUAAUCUAUUGGAAACGGUUUUUCAGAGAUACAAUGCAAUACAAUAUUCAAUGACAAUAGUUCAAUUCAUAAUAUGUACUAGAACAAGAAGAAAGAGAGUAAUUAAAAAACAAUACAAUACAAUGAAUAAAGGAAGAUUGUGUCAAUUGAUAUCAAUCAUAGUUGGUUUGGUAUUGGUUGCAGGUGGUAUUAUCGUUUGGUACGUGGUGAACGAUGCCAUUCAUCAACAGGUAGAGGAUGCCUCAGUGGCAUUGCCAGAGAACAACAAGAAUCCAGACAUCAAUCCAUGGCUUCGUUUCCUCACAAACAUUGGUGAUGAGAACAAUCAGCGUACCUACACUUUCUACGUCUACAACUUGACCAACCCCGAUGACUUCCUCAAUGGCCAGUAUCCAAUCUACGAAGAGGUCGGUCCAUAUUCUUUCUGGUCGUACUACAAGGCACUCGAUUACAAGCUCAUCGAAGGAGACACCAAGAUCUCCUACAAGGACUGGUCGUACUACACCGAGAAGGAGCAACUCGAUCCAGGAACUCGUGACCCAAGAGCCGACGUCAUCACUCAUUUCAACUUGGCGUAUUUCGCCGUUGUCCAGGCUGCCGGUGGUGAAACUCCACUCGGUUUGGCACUCUCUGCCAACGUUAUGUCGACCUUCUGGAAGGGUGUCAACGCACAAGCCACCUUUACUCAAAUUCAAAGCGCUUUCAUGGCAAUCAACAGUCUCAAGUUCUUGGGUGCCCAGACCGGUCAGAUCAUGACCGUAACCGGCUCUUCAGCCACCGACGUCUGUAACAACUAUUGGCUUGCAGCAGUCAAUCCAAAUCCAAUCCCAGCAAAUGCACAGAUUCCAGGUUCCAAAUACUAUCCAAUCGGAAACAACAAGGGUAUUGCCACCGCCUCUUGCGAAAUCUUAUUGAAUGUCUCAGGAGCAUAUCCAUUCGGACUCUUUGACAAGAAUCAAACCAAUCAGUUGGUCAUGUUAAAGGCCAUCGGUAGGGAUCCAACCUACUUGCCAAUUCUCAAGUCGGUAUGGGCCAACUAUGGUAUCACCUCGACUCAAGCCGACACCAUCAUCGACUAUAUUAAAACCACAAUUCUUGGAGUCAAUGUUUUGGAUACAGCUGCAUUCGCUGCCAUCACUGGUUGCGCCACCUGUAGCUACAACGACGCCUUGUACUUCCAGAUGGCAACUUCCGGAGGUUACCUCGGAACCACCGUCAUGAAGUUAGAUCCAAAUCCAGCACUUCCAUCGGGUCCAGAGUUUGGUUACAUGAUGAACGUCACCAUCCCAGUCCCAUCAAUGAAAUACUUGAUGAACGCAACCAAUCCAUUCAACUUCUUGACACCACAAGGUAUGGGUGCCAUCCUCAAGUACGUCACUGGCGGUCAAUGGCAAGUAGUUGCCGGUGCCGUCGGAACCAACGAAGCUCAAACCAAGGCAUUGGCCGCUUACAUCGAUACAUUCAUGACCACCUUUGUUAAGAACUUUGUUUUGGCUCAACCAGGUAUCGGUUUGAUCGGUACUCACACUGUCUACGACUUCCUCUUCAACAUGACCGACCCAUUGCUCAAGCUUGUCAAGGCCGCCGACGGUCCAGCCGCUUGGAGAUCCAACGUAGUCUCAAUCACCUUCAAUGAAACCGAAGCCGAAGAGACUUUGCCAACUGAAUUGGUCUACACCGGUAAGGGUGACGUCAACCGUGUCUUGGCUCCAAUCACCUACGACGGUAGCACCAACUACACCUACAACGCCACCUUCCAAGUCGAGGGUAACUCACCGGAGCAACUCGGUCCAUACUUCCUCGCCGAGACCGACGAACCACAAGUAGCCGUAUUCUCCAGUGACUUUGCCAGAACAUUGCACUUUGAAAAGGUUGAAUCCGGUGCACUCUCUGGUUUGCCAUACUACCGUUACAGAAUUGCCCAAUCCGACUGGGAACCAAAUCCCGAUAUGUACAUGUCGAUUCCAUACGUUCUCAACAUGACUGCCACCCUCGGUAAGCCAGUGCACUUCACCCGUCCAAGAAUGUUGGGUCUCAACGUUGCCUACCUCGCCAAGUGCGGUCUCCAAGACUUUGCCUACACCACCGUCGACAACGAUGUUUUCGCCGACUACGAACCACGUACCGGUAAGGCUAUCCGUGGUCGUUACUCAUUGCAAGCCAACGCCUACAUUCCAGGUACUGAUCGUGAAAUCUCACCAUUGUUCAACCGUUUCACCGGUAACGGUCAAAUCUACGGAGAUGUUUUCCACCCACUCUUCUGGGGUAAGAAGGAAGUCGUUGCUCUUCCAAAUCAAAUCGAUGCUAUCCUCUUUGCCUACAAGAUGGACGGUCUCCGUUACGGUUUGACCAUCCUCUUGAUUGCUGGUGGUGGUUUCCUCAUCCUCGGAAGCAUAGGUCUCUACCUUUUCGAACAUGUCAAAGAGAAAAUAUUAUAA